GAGGGUAAGUUUGGAAUAUAAUUUAUUUGAACUGUGGCAAGUUUGGAAUUUAAAAUGAUAUAAAUUCCAAGUGGGAAAGGCUUGGUGGGCAAGUAAAGAAUGAAACUGGUAGAAUUUGCGGCUGCAGUGAAAACAAUAAAUAAAAAAAUAUAAGAGAAAAAAACAAGAAAAAGAGAGAAGAGCAUUAAAUAUUGAGAGUAGCUCAUCAAAUACAUCAUCAUCAUUAUACGCUUCUCUUUUCCUUUCUUCUUCCUUAAGACUGUUCAUAUUUCGUUUAUCAAAACAAAAGACAGUUCAUAUUUCAGCUUUGUUUAUUUGUGGUAAAUAACACUAAUCAAAAAAACUAUUCUUUACCCUUCAUAUAAAAAAAAAUUAUUCUUUAAACCCUUUUAUCAUUCAUAUAUAAAUCUGUAUUAAACCCUUUUGAGAAAAAAGGCAAAAGAAGAAAAACAAACAAGGGUUUAUUUCCUAAAACCCCAGAAUAUAAAACACUAUUGAAUAUGGCGAGUGAGGUUUCUGACAAGAACAAAAAGCUUAGGAAGAGAAGAAAUGGAAGUGAAUCAAUAGCUGAUACACUAGCAAAAUGGAAGAACUACAAUGAUCAACUUUCUUCUAUAGAAAAUGGAAAAGGGUACCUUAAAACACCUGCCAAAGGCUCCAAAAAGGGUUGUAUGCGUGGAAAAGGAGGACCUGAAAACUCUGAUUUUUACUUCAGGGGAGUUAGACAAAGAACUUGGGGAAAAUGGGUUGCUGAAAUCAGAGAACCCCAUAAUGGAGUUUCUAGUAAUAAGAAAGGAAGCAGGCUUUGGCUCGGUACAUUUGCCACUGCCAUUGAAGCUGCUACAGCUUAUGAUGAGGCUGCCAAAGCCAUGUAUGGUCCAGUGGCACUACUUAACUUCCCCGAAAACAUGGCUGCAGAUUCUACCGAGCAGGCCACCAAGAUAGAAGAAACAGAAGAAGAUGAGGAGCUAGACUUAGAUAUUAAGCAUAAUUAUGAUUAUGCAGAAGCUGAUUUUGUGAAGGGAUCAGUAGAAAAACAAGACUGUUUUCGGGGUUUUUCUCAAGCUGCACAAAAUUCAUGUACUAGUACUAAGACUGUGAAUGAAGAUAUGGAGAUAGAUGUUAAAGAUAUUAUUACAAGCAAUGAACAUAGUAAUACUGGUCUUUACUCAGCUAGAGAUUGUGAACUAGCUAAUGAUGUUAGAAUGGUUGAGAGACUUGAAAAUUUUUCGGGCUCUGCUGCCGGUUCAUCAAGAAGAGAUAAUUACUUACAAACUAGGGGAACUACUGAAACAUUGGCUAGAGAACCUGAACUCUAUAGGAGCUUAGAUCAGAUGGAGGAAACACAACUGAUACCGAGCUAUGAUUUCGAUUUCUUGACUCCAGAUUAUGAUUUCGGUUUAGCAGAAGAACAAGAGAAACUUCAUUUAUGGUUCCCUUAGCUAUUCAUAGGCUGAGCUGAGAGGCCAACAGCCUGAAUUUAAUCAAUGAUCCCUAUGUUGGUGAAGAAUUUUGGUGAAGAUGCUUUUAUUGUUUCUUGUUUCCCAAGCUACAUGUCAUUGUACAUUCAUGAUGAUAAGUAUUAAGUCUUCAUUUCUUUUUGGUUGUUGUUUAUGGUAUAAGAAUUUAGGAAUAGCUAGAAGUUGCAGAGAUUUUGGCACAAAAAAAAAGGGUAAAUAUAGUUUUAGGGUAGUAUAGUAAAAGAAAUUCUUUACAAAAGCAUUACAUUUGGUAGUGAUUUGAAACUUGUUUGAUUAUUUUAUUAUUGAUAGAUGUUUUUAUUUUACUAUUA